GUGAAGGAGCAGCCGGAAGUGGCCGGAAUCUCAGCCAUCCAGGCUUUGACUGCAUCCCUCGGUGCGGAGAGGCAGGGGCGGCGGCCAUGGAGCUGAGUGAGCAGCUCUACAACAAGUCAGAGUACAUCGAGACGGCCUCUGGAAAUAAAGUGAGUCGCCAGUCAGUGUUGUGUGGAAGCCAAAACAUUGUUCUCAAUGGCAAGACCAUCAUCAUGAAUGACUGUAUUAUCCGAGGAGAUCUGGCAAACGUAAGAGUUGGACGCCACUGCGUUGUGAAAAGUCGAAGUGUCAUAAGGCCACCGUUCAAGAAGUUCAGCAAAGGUGUUGCGUUCUUUCCUUUACAUAUUGGGGACCAUGUCUUUAUUGAGGAAGACUGUGUGGUCAACGCCGCUCAGAUUGGUUCUUAUGUUCAUGUGGGCAAGAACUGUGUGAUUGGGCGCCGGUGUGUGUUGAAAGAUUGCUGCAAAAUUCUUGACAACACAGUGUUGCCUCCAGAAACUGUGGUCCCACCUUUCACCGUCUUCUCAGGAUGCCCAGGACUCUUCUCAGGGGAGCUCCCAGAAUGCACUCAGGAGCUGAUGAUUGAUGUCACCAAGAGCUACUACCAGAAGUUUUUGCCACUGACACAAGUCUAGUGUCCACCUCAAGUCUUGAAUUUUUGUGUGAGCUCUAAAAUAAACUUGGGGAACAAAGUGGUCAGUCAGCAUCUAUAGGAGCAGUUGUGUCCCUGCCUUCCACCAUCUACUUUUUGUUGUUGUUGUUGUUGUUAGUUUCCAAUUGUACAGGCUCUAAGUGCUGAAGAAUUUACUGAGAGCAUGUGGAGAAGUCAUCAUCACAUAAUACACACAGCUGACCUAUUAACAGCUGCUGUGUGGAACCCAGAAAUGUUCCCAGCCCCCCAAGCCUGCACCUGUGGGAUGCUGAUGUCGGCUGAGAGGGGGCCUCCAGAGCUGCUCAUUCUCCCCACCAGGCCUCAGACCCACACAUCCCACUCAGAGCAGCGUCCCUGCUGCUCCCAUUUGGCAGUGGCCCUAAUUGUUCUUAAUCCCCAGGAAACGUGUUUGUAGUUUCAUGCUCCACACACCCAUGACAAGUCAAAAGUGCAGGAUGGGCAGUGCUGCUCCUGUAUUCCCAAGG